CAAAAAUUAUACAACACUGUUUUAUUUUCAAAACAUUCCAUCCCUAGAGUAUCGAUUGUGAUUGAAGUUCCAUCCCUGGCAAUUGACUAUUUUUCUGCAAUAAACGACAUGGCCAACACACCAGCAACCUCCAGCAGCGCCGGCCCUGUGCUCCGUGGCCUCCACAAUGCCACCAUCAAGCGCAACCUGGCUGUGGCUCUCGGUCUGUCCGCAAUUGUGACCGUUGCCUACAAGCUCCUGAUCAACGACCCCAAGAAGGCCGCCUACGCCGAGUUCUACCAGAAAUACGACGCCAACAAGUCGUUCGAGCGUAUGAAGGCCGCUGGCCGUUUCCAGUCCUGCUAGGCACCCACAACCCAAGUAGUCUAAGUCUAAAGAUGUUGCGAUUUCAAAGUGUUACGCUUCUGUAUUGAAAAGUAAAUAGAUUUGAGUCUACGUACGAU